CUCAGACGUAGGCGCAGUUGGGCACGCACGCACGCACGCACGCACGCAGACACGCUCGUCGAGGAAACAGCAUUCAAACAAUAAUUAUGAAUUUAAACGACUUGUUUUUUUGCACAUCUGUAAAGAUAGAUUAAUUUUUUAAAACUUUCGUAUGAUAGUUGGAACCGGUGCUAAUAACUGCGAUCAUAUUUGCAAACAGUAGUAGCGAAAGUUACAAAGUAACCGGCUUUAUGCGAUCAGGCGGCUAGGCCUUGCCUGGCCCGCGGUGUCUCGGUUCAAGCAUGCAUCCCUCCUGGGGCGCUUACGGAGGUGGACACCAGCCUCCUCCACACUUCGGCCCGCGGCCUCAUCAGUUUAGGGGAGCUCAGCCUCCAGCAGCAGCAGCAGGAGGAGGAUUUGGAGAAUAUGGCGCUCCGUCUCAUCCAGCGUCGUCAAAUUUCUCUAGUUUACAAGAACAGCAUUUACAGCAAAUGCAGCAGUUGCAGCAGCUCCAUCAGAAGCAGCUGCAGUCGGUGCUGCAUCACUCCGGCAACGCCAGCAGCGGCGGCGGGCCUCCUCCGUACUGGCAGACAGGCCCCAACAGCUUUCCAGACCCGUCAGCUGUGAGAGGUCCUGCUGGCCCGCCUCAGCCUCAGCCUCCGCCGCCAGAAGUGAAGCCUCCAGCUCCCGAGCCUUCUUCAUCUUCCUCAGCUGCAGUGAAGACCCCCGCUCCAGCACCUCAGGUUAGCGAAGCCAGUGCAUCGGUGGCGGAUGAAAAGCCCGACUUUUCGUCGAUGUCUCUGCAGGAGCAGCAGGAAUAUUGGUAUCAGCAGCACCGUCAAAAUUUGCAGAAGCUGAAAAAUGAGAAGGCUAAGCAGAAUCAAAAUUCAUCUAAUGGAAGCAAUGCUCCUGCUCCACCGCCUCCAGUUGAACCCCCAAAGAGCACCCCUCCACCCCCACCUCCCAAAGAGGAACCUCCUCCUCCCCCACCACCAGAGGAAUCAAAGCCCAGUGGCAUCACUGAUACAGGAGACCCAGCUGAAGCAGCACGUCUUCAGCAGCUGCAGGCAGCAGCUGCCCAUUGGCAGCAUGUACAGCAUCAAAGGGCCAGCAUUCAGUACCAGGCACUGAUGCAAGAGCAUGCUCAACUACAGCAGGUCCUGCAACAGUACCAGCAGGUUAUUCAACAGCCAGCACAUCUACAGACAAUGCCCUUGGAGAUGCAAUUGCAACACUAUGAAAUGCAGCAACAGCGAUUUGCUCCCUUGUACCAAGAGUGGGACAGGCACUUUAAUUUGUGGUUAGAACAGUUUCAGGCAUACCCACACAAAGACCAGCUACAUGAUUACGAAGCCCAGUGGAGACAAUGGCAAGAGCAAAUGAAUUCAACUUCAGCUCAUCUGCAAGAGAGAGUCACAUCUCUAAGAGCUAUGCAGCAUCAGUAUGGUACAGCUCCUCCAUAUGGGGGCAUGAUGGGACCAUAUGGGCAGCAUCGACUCCCUGGACCAGAUGGAAACAUGCAUUUAGCCAACCCAGGGCUUCCAUGUAUGCCUCCACCAGUUAACAUGGAUGCCAUGCCAGGACCUUCACCACAGGUCCCACCACCAUCUGGACCUGUUAUUCCACAGGGGCCAUUACCUGCAGAACCUUUCCCAUCUUCUGGGUCAAAUUCUGUCUCUGAAACAGGUAAAACUGCUGGACUACCUGGACUAGGGUUUCGACCUCCUGGGCCCCCUGGGCCUCAUGGAAGAUUUGGUGGCCCAAGGUUUGAAGGUCCUAGAGGCCCACGGUUUGAACAGCCACACCAGCAACGGUUUAGUGCACCACCUAGAUUUGAUGCUGGUCAGCGAUUUAACCGACCUCCCAGAGGUAAUCCUCCUCACCCUGGGCCUCCAGCAAGACCUGAGAACCCCCCUAGGCAGAAUGCACCUACACGAUUUGAAAGACCCCCUGUACCUCCUCAACAACCAGGGUAUGGAGCGCAAUCUAGUCCUGUCCCUGGUAUUCAAACAAAGCAACCAUCAGCAAAACCUAAUGCACCACCUGUUGCCCAAUCUCAAACAGGCCCAGAAAAAAACAAAAGUGGUCAAGAUCAAAAUAUCAAAAAAGGUGGUGCUUCCUCUGGUCCGUCACUGACAGAUGACAUAUUGGACUCAGUGGAUGGAUUUUUUAUUCAGAGUGGACCCAUUCCUCAAACUAAGGAUAAUACUUCUGAUGAUACCAUUGCUGAUACUGCAAAGCAGGAUAAGUUAAAAGAAGAUACUACUAAACCUUCCCUACCAACAGAAAGUCCAAACACCACCAACAAAAACUCUCAGAAGCCAAGCUCACAACCAACAAUGUCUAAAACAAACAAUGUUACUAACAGGCCACCACAACAAGCGAAGCCUCCUCAAGAUAAGUUUAAAUCUGAUACACCUAAGGAGGCUCCAAGGGGACCACAUGUGAUGAAUCAAACAGGUCCACCGCAGGUAACCCGAGGAAGGGGAAGGGGCCAAGGGCCAGUGCCUCUCAGAGGCAGGGGCCGUGCGCGUGGCCGAGGACAAUACGGAGGACAGAUGGUUGAUCCUAACUGUCAGAGAGAAAUUAUGUCAGAGGAUCCCUAUGACCAUCAGCAACCAGAUGACAUAACGCAUGGAGAAGACCAGGAUUCGGCUUGGAGAGACCCCCCUUUGGAAGCUCCUGGAGAAAUGGAUGACCAGGAAGCACCCCAUGAGAUGUGGCAUCCAGAGGAGGAACACUUCCCGGAAGAGUACUAUGAAAUGUCUAGAGAGAGAAGACCUCCAGUGGGUCACAGGGAGCACCCAGAGAGCACUCAUCCAGAUGAAAACUGGGAAGAAGAACCACAAGAAUACUGGGAGGAAGAAGAUCCAUACUGGACCGAGAGAAGACCUCCCAUGCAUGCUAGACGUCCUUUUCCUCCAGGUGGCCCCAGAAAACCCCCUUUUCAUCCUCGAUUUAUGCUUCAUGGUCCAAGGCGCCCCCCUCCUCCUGGUCAACCACAUGGACCUCCUCACAUGGGACCACGCGGGGUAAUGGGACCACGGUUCAGACGUGGUCUAGGCCCAUGGGGACCACCACCAUCCCGCCAUGACAUGAUGGAGCGAGACAUGAGAAGGCCACCAGCACCUCAUGAAAUCUUAGCAAGGGAACCAGCUGGUCCUCUUGGAUAUGAAGAAGAAAUAGACCGAGAACCUGGAUGGGCUCAUCCUCGUGGGAGAGGGCUGAGACGUCCUCCUGUGCCUCCCCAUGAAAUGGAGAUUAGAAGACCUCCCAUGAGACCCCCAAUGCCAAGGGAGAGGUGGCAUGGCCCUCCACCCCAUGAAGAAGAAAAUUAUGAGGAAGAAUAUGGUGUACCGUAUAGUGCUGAGGAUGAUGCGUACAGAGGGCCAACUCGUGAGUAUCAAGAUUACGAACAAGACAAUGAGUAUUACGGUUCUCGUGAGGAAUGGGGCAGGGAGCAACUUGACCAAGACUAUCCACCACGUCGCCCCCCAGAGCACAUUAGAGAGGAUCAUUGGUUAGAGGGAAGAGAAAGGUCAUUCCCAUAUGAUGAUGAGGAUCAGUAUAGAGAGGAGCGAAGAGGACCACCUUAUCAAGAACAUGACAGGGAGCCUCCUUAUCACUCUCGUUCUGAUUGGGAAAGGAGCCCACCCCCACCAGAGAGAGCUUACUCUCAUCCAGUUGGUGAAACGGAGCCCCAUUAUGAACAUAACCCAGAGCCGCUAGCUGGCCUGCCCGCACCUCAAGCCCUGGAUACUCCACUUGAGCAGUCUUCACUUAGUGCAACUAAAACCGUACUUGCUCUUUCUCAAAGGCAGCAUGAAAUCAUUCUCAAAGCUGCCCAGGAGUUGAAAAUGAUAAGAGAGCUCCAGGAAAGCAAGGUUUUGGGAGAAGCUUCGAACACGGAGUCAGCCGGGUUGCCUUCAGAACUUCACGCUGGAAUUCUUGGAUUAGAAAUUCCACCUGAAGUUAAAAGUGCUCUGCAGGCUACCAAUUUAUUGUCAGAAACAGGACAGACUAAUCAGCCUUUGGAAGCUGGUUUGCCCCAUUCAAAUCAAUCUACAGGCUUCCUUCAUUCUUCUUCAGCUCCUGCCCCUACAGCCUCAUUCAUUGCUAAAACAGUGGACUAUGGGCAUGGCCGUGAUGCUGGUUCAACAGUGGAAAGGAUUUCUUAUGGAGAGAGGAUUGUGUUGAGGCCUGCUCCACCACUAUCUGAGCGAUCUUAUGAGAAAGAAUUGCUUGGCCACCGAGACCCAUACUAUGACAGGAGAAGUGACCCAUAUGGUGGUCCCAGAGAUUAUGACAGGGAUUGGGAGAGAGAUCCGUACAGGGAGAAGCCACAUCUGGAUUAUGAGAGAGACCGAUAUGAAAGGGAUCGUUUCUUACGAGAAGAACGACCUCCACUUGGGCCUCGUCCCGGACACAGAGACAGAGAAAGAGAUCACCCAAGCCGCUCAAGCAGGGAUCGUGAGGUUUAUAACCGAACAAGCUAUGACAGGUCUUCCUAUGAAAGGAGUCUUGAGCAUUAUGACCAUGGAUCCUCAAGCUAUGAUGGAUACCUUCCGAAAAGCAAAUGGGAGAUGGACACAUCAGAAGCAAAGCUUGACAAACUGGAUGGUCUGGCGGGUGGAGGCAAGAGAAAACGAGAAACUGAUAUGUCUGGCAUGGAGGACUUCCUUCAACUGCCCGAUGACUAUGCCAGUCGCAUGUCUGAACCUGGCAAAAAGAGGGUGCGCUGGGCUGAUCUCGAAGAGAAGAAGGAUGCCGACAGAAAGCGCGCGAUUGGUUUUGUAGUCGGUCAGACGGACUGGGAGAAAAUCACGGAUGAGAGCGGCCAGCUUGCUCAGAGAGCUCUUAACCGCACCAAGUAUUUUUAGGAGAUUUUGUAAUGACAUUUGUACAGCGUUUAUGGUCACCAGUUCAUGAAAUUCUUCAUUUCCAAAGUGUACUGCCUGAUGAAGAAAGAGCAUCGUCUCUUCAGAAACUGGCGAUUAGUCAUUGGUCGAUCCCGUAGUACAUGCAGUGGCCUUCAUAUAAUAUCUGGUGUAAUGUAAAUCCCUUUUUUGUUUUAUCCGCAAUCUUAUUUUAAUAGGUUAAGCAUUGUGUGUGGUUUUGUAUCAGUGGUGCAUUUGAUUGUAGGUGAUAUCCUUACUUUCUUUAUUUUUAGUCCAUAGAUCUAAUGUGUUUGGACCUGAAAUAUUCUUGUAGUUCACACACAUGUACACACUCAAUAAAGCUUACAAAAAAAGACUCAUAAAACAAUCAUUUUUCACUUUGUUGCUAUUAAAAAUCUGUCUGUUAAGCUGAAUUGUGAAACUUUGGUUUGGUGACUGAGCUGUAAUUUAAAGAUUCGAAAGAAACUCUUCAGAUAGACGCAUGACUUGCUUACGAAAUAGUUUACUGGUUUCUCAUGUGGCAACAUAUUGAAUGACAGGUCUGUUCCAGUGGUUGUUUUAUUGGCCUGCUUAUUAUUGGUUUGCCACAUAAGUUGCCAGAAAACAUGGGCAUAAAUGUUGCAUCAAAUACAUAAGACGUAUACAGAGUUUGGCUAGACCAAUGCUUCGUGUCAUGAAACAUCUCAAUUUACAUUUGUAUUUGUAUAUAUUUUUGGAAAAUUACACGUGACCCUGAAAACCUUAUAUGU